AUGGUCUGUCUUCAAUUCGAUACAAACCACUUACCACUUACUAAUGCAUUAAAACCUGAUGCUUGUUUUCAAUGUAAAGGUGGUGAUUUUAUUAUUAAACAAGGUGUGAAGCUUAAUUUAGACAACUUAUUCGAUGCUUUAAAAGAAAAAGAUGAAAAAUAUCGAAAGAAAAAUCAUCAACAACAACGACAACAAAAAUUAUCGAAUACAGUUUUAUCAUCAUCAACACCAAUAACUGAUGCUGAUAAUAGCAACAAUUCGACUACACAAACUUUUGAAACGGAAACAACAACGACUAGUUCAUCAACUUCAUCAUUCGGUGAUGCAAAUACAACAAAUUCAAGUUCAUUUGUUUCAAAAUUUUCAUCAAUUAAUGAUCAUAUCAAGUUUAUUAAUGAUCUUAUAGAGAAAUUUUCUCGAAAAACAUUUACUUCGAUGGUGUUGAAAGAAAAUGAACAUUAUCAAUUGACUGUUACAGAAGAUGAUCAAACGAUCAAAGCUGUAAUUAAAUGUCAAUGUGGAUCAAAAUUGAUGUUACCAAUACGUUCGGAUCCAUAUAGAUUUAUUUUAUCAAAUUUUUACGCUCACUUAACAACAUCAACAUGUCCUAUGACUCAUCGAAUUUUGAAAGAAGAAAAAAAAUCACGAAAUAAAGAGUUAGAAGGUCAAUCAAUUGUAAAACCAGUAGCACAACCAUGGACAAUUGUUUCCAAUGAUAAUAAUUCUGAUUUAGCCAAGCAAGCCAAAAGAAAACAUGAUCAUAAUAAUUCACUUACGACAAAGUCGAGCACCAAAACAACCAAAAAACAAAAAAAACAGUUCAAAUAA